GGGCGGGCGCCUCCUUCCCUCCGUGUCGGUGCCGAGAGCCGGCCCGCUGUCUCCUCGCCCCGGUGCCGUCGGACCACCUUGCGGAGGCGGAGCCGCCUCCUUCCCCCCCCCCGCCCCGCCCCCUCUCCCUCCUUCCCUCCUUCCCUCCUCCCUUCUCCCCGACCUCCCUCCUCGCACAUAAGCGGCGGGCAGUGCCCACACGGUCGGCACACGGCAGCCGGCGCCGCCAUGGAGACCGAGGUGCACGUCCCCAGCGGCGCCCCGGCCGUGCCCAAGUUCGCCGUCUACGUGGACGAGAACGACGUGAUCCCCGGCGCCCUGCGGCUGGUCGGCAGGCUGCGGCCCCACUGGGACAUCGGGCGGGUGAACACCAAGUUAUUUACAGAUGGAAUCACAAACAAACUAGUUGGCUGCUAUGUGGGGAACAGUAUGGAAGAUGUUGUCCUGGUGAGAGUUUACGGGAACAAGACCGAGCUGUUUGUGGAUCGGGACAACGAACUGAAGAGUUUUCAGGUCCUGCAUGCCAAUGGUUGUGCUCCAAAGCUUUACUGCACAUUCCAGAAUGGUCUCUGUUAUGAGUUCAUGCAUGGGAUAGCACUAGGUCCACAGCAUGUGCGAGAACCAGCCCUGUUCAGGCUCAUAGCGACAGAACUGGCAAGGAUUCAUUCUAUUCAUGCCCACAAUGGUUGUAUUCCUAAACCCAACCUCUGGGUGAAAAUGCGCAAGUACAUGGCUCUUGUCUCCACUGAGUUCACACCAGAAGCCAAAAAUACCAGGAUUCAGAAGGAAGUGCCGCCUUUGCAGACACUAGAGAGGGAAAUGGCAUGGAUGAAACAGUACCUGUCAGAGCUGAACUCUCCCACAGUACUUUGCCAUAAUGAUCUCCUUUGCAAGAAUAUCAUCUACAAUGAAAAGGAAGGUUGGGUGAAGUUUAUUGACUACGAAUAUUCCAGCUAUAAUUACCAAGCCUUCGAUAUUGGAAAUCACUUCAAUGAAUUUGCAGGGGUGAGUGAAGUAGACUACUCUUUGUACCCAGACCAAUCCUUGCAGAUGCAGUGGCUGAGAACCUACUUGGAAGCAUGUAAGCGGUUCACCAAGAAGGGAGGCGAGGUAACUGACCAUGAAGUGCACACCCUUUAUGUUCAAGUCAACAAAUUCUCCUUGGCAUCUCAUUUCUUCUGGGGGUUCUGGGCAUUGAUUCAAGCAAAGUAUUCCACAAUAGACUUCAAUUUCUUAGGGUACAGUGUCCUGAGGUUUAACCAGUACUUCAAGAUGAAGCCUUGUGUCAUUGCUCUUCAGACUCCGGCAUGAUGUAGGGUGAAUGGUGUUCCAUCACCCUGGUGCACAAUCAACCCUGAUGGUCCUAUCAGUACACAAACUCCCUUCCUCUUCCGCAACUUGUUGAGCCUAAUCCCUUGGGUUUGAGAAGCAAACUAGACCCCCAAAUUCUUGACUUCUGCUUGCUUCGAGCAUAGCCCUGGGGAAUCAGUCAGCAACUCUGUGCCCAGAGCCUUGGCUUCAUGUUUUACUCUUAGUUUGAAUCCUAUUUUGAGCCAGGGGUCUUAGACAAAAGAGGUCCUGAGCCCAAUCCCUUUCUUUCCCCAUUGCAUCCCUGUCAUCACGCCCAUAAAAUUCCUGAAUUGAAUCACAUUCCAGAUCUCUCUCGCUCUCGAUGGGGACCAAAUUGAGGAGCAAUCUGAAAAUGUGGGUUUGGGGGGGGGGGGGGGUGGUGGGUGGUGGUGGAGGAGGGGAGGUGGUGCUUUUGAACAUUUACUGAAUAUUGCUUAUUGAGCCUUUGCCACCCUGAUCACAAGGAGGCUUAGACUGACACCAACAUCAGCAGCUCCAAGGCUGGCAGUGAUCUUUGAACUUUUGCUUGAGGUUGCUAAGGAGUAAUGAUCUCCUGCCCCUGACAGCAGGCACUAGGGGUCAGUAAAACUAUGUUGCAGUUCUAUCAAUAACCUAAAUGUGUGAGAACAAGUGGGUGUGGGGUUCAAAGCUCAGACAGCAUGAGUGCCAUCCCAUCCCCUGGACUUUGCUCCAGCCUACUGGCACUGGGAGGGGUUGACUGGAAGUGAAGGGGCCAGUAAAAGAUUGGCAUAUGACCCAUGGAUGCAGAAUGUGUAAGUAGGGAUGGCUAGCUGCUGAAACUGUGCCAUAUAAUGAUAUGGGCUUCUGCACUGUCCUGAGAUGAUAACUCUUUAGACUGCUGCCCAGAUCACCUGCUUCCUCCUGGAGUGAUUUGCUUUGGUUUUUGGCAGAGGUGGGGUCCGGAGGGGCAAAGGUCUGAUGAAAGGUUAUUGAGCUGAAGCAUUCUUUUCCCCCUCUCACCUACAUUACACACCAGGGGCAAUUUACAGUGGCCAAUUAACCUACCUACCCACAUGUCUUUGGGUAGUGGGAGGAAACCCACGUAGUCACAGGAAGAAUGUGCGAACUCCACACAGACAGCACCCGAGGUCAGGAAUGAACCCAGAUGCCCGGUGUUGCGAGGCAGCGACUCUAGUAGCUGCGCCUCCCUGCCGCACUAAGGCAGUUGCUGCCUGACUGGCUGAGUACAUACAACAUCUUCUGCUUCAGCAGUGACGGGUCGCAGAGACAUCCUGGUGGUCAGCCUCCUGUGGGUCCACCAACCUACCACCCAAACAGUGAGCGGAUCCCUUCAUAGUACCCACUGCUUGUGCUCCGAAGACUGUGAUGUUUGACAGUUCGGUCUCUCUCAUCAACAGCCUUUCACAAAACACAAUUAGGGAAAGUGGACAGCCAGCCACUGAUGCUGCGUGUUGCCUCCCAUUUUGUGCGCUUCUCAUCAAUCUGAGACUUCCCUUUUUGUAGCAGUGAUAGCAUUGUAUCCAGCUGUAGCCCUUGGCCAGAUGAUCCUGCUGCCCUGAGUACAUAGGAAGCCUGUAUUGCUGCCAUUUGGAUGAAUGAGUCCUCCCUGGCCACACUGAGGUUAUUGGACAGUGGGAAGAAGUGCUUUCUCAACUUUUCCGGAUGAUUAUAACCUUGGCUUGGCCACAACAACCAGAAGGCAUGGCAUUUGAGUGAUACAUUAGAAAGCUUCUCAAACCAUACCUUGCAAUGGUGAUCUAUUUUGAAGUGGCGUGAUGUGAUGUUUACAGGCAAAAUUUGCAUCCUACCCUUGCACAAUAUUUGAGAUAGCUUGUGUGAUUACUUGCCUAACACCAGAAUUCCAGUGAUUUUAUUCAUGACAGUAUGAAGCCAUACCUGCAGACCCAUCUGUCAACUCUUGUUUCAAGCUUUUUCCUCCUUCAACAAAGGCAGCUUGUUUUUUUAAAAAAAAGCAUCUGAAGAAGAGCUUGGAAGACACUUGUAUGCAUCAGAGUCCAUUUAACAGCCAGGUUCUAUCAUCAUUGGCCAGCCCUGCAGUUUUGUAGUGAUGAUGCAGUUAGUUUCUAAUCUAUCUUCACUACUGUGGUUGUAAAUGAUAGUGGACAAAUCUGGUCCCACUUUAUAAUUCAAAAAAAAAAUCCCUUUUUGUUUCUGAAGCUGUGCAGUGGUGAGGGAGCAGUAAACCAGCUGAUAUUAUCUAAAGGCAGCCUGACAGAAUAGCACACAUUGUUCAGUAAAUGAGCCAACUCAGGUUAUGCCCUUGUUUUCCUCUCUAGCUCUUGCCUCUUUUCCAAGCACAACAGAGUGAUGUUGGAUAUCACCACAGUGGGAUGUCUCUUCUGGGGAGGUCUUGAGGAAGAGCAUGAACCAUAAAUGGGUCUGUCUACAUUUAAACCAAUCGUGCUUACUGUCACCCUUCCUCCUCUCUUGCCAUCGUCUCCCACUGAAUGACCCUGCCCCUGAUGACAUUCAGACAUCUGUUAUUUUCAACACAUCUCUUGAUUUGUGUCCAAAUUCCUGACCCAGUAGCUGAGUGGAGAGAUGUCUUUCAAACUGAUUACUGAAAUGCAGGUCUGCUGUACAUUUUGUAAUUAUGAAGCUGCAAUUUUUUUUGUUGAAAUGCCUGUUUAUAAACCAGUGAACGAUAUUUAUCGGUGUGUAUACUUUGUCUAGUUUUAGACUGAACAGAUUUUUUUUUCUUUUAGUGUCUGAUUAAUGAAGGGUGCACUUAACCUGUGAAGCACUGAAAAUAAGAUUCCCUUAAAGUGAUUUGAUUUAAUACACGAGUCCAGCUACUGGUUGGUGGUCUGGAGGUUCCUUCAUUCGGGAGGGUUGCCUUCUCUUAUAGCAAGCAGAUUCCAGGGUAGGGAAGAUUGGACCAGUAACAGAGAGAACAAGAAAUCAGUGAUUCCUGUUCUGUUUUGCCUAGCUCCUGAAAAGUUCAUAAACUUAUGAUGGUGAGGAAUCUGAUAACUAAAAGCAUCGACAUCUUCAGAUCUUAACCUGAGGAACUUAAUGGACUGGCUUGUGAAUUCUAAUCAUGCUGUGAUCAAAAUAAUUUCACUAAUCUGUGCGCACAAAUAAUAUGUCAAUUGAAUUUUGUUGGACUAAAUCUUUGCUAUUGGUUGACCAUAACUACCCAUGUAGCCACAUGAUGUUGGAGAAAACAAUCUGCUGCCUUGAAUACAAGAUGACCCUGGAUGGAUAAAAGUGGUGGCAGAAGAGAUCUGGGACUGGAUGAAUUUGUCUACCUCCUGUGGAACUCCUAAAUGUUUUGAGGUUACUGCUAGUAACCUUGUAAAUAAAUUAAUUAAUGGAAGGUU